AUGGAUUCAACUUUACGGCGGGUAGUUUUUUUCAGCAACGAGUUCCCCAGUGAUGACUUAAAGGAGCUCUUUCGCCGUCUAGAUCAACAUAGCAAGGACAGGCGGUUCAGACUACUUUCUAUCUUUCUAGAGGAAUCAACAGCCGUUUUAAAAGAUGAGGUGUCAAAGUUUCCCCGGCCACUGAAGGAGUUGGUACCGCCCUUCGACUCCGUCCUUGGUCUCGUCGAUGUCGACUUUCGUCAAGGACCUCUGGGAGCUGCCAUGGAGAGCUCCAUUCUUACCAUUUUAGAAUUGGGGUUGUUCAUCGGCCAUUAUGAAUCGGAGGACACAGAAUGGGACCUUGUUCCUGGAGAAAGUGUUCUUGCAGGCCUUAGUAUCGGCAUCUUGGCUGCUGCCGCUGUCGCUUUGUCUAGCAGUUUAGCCGAUGUGGCUAAAACCGGUGCGGAGGCGGUGCGGGUUUCCUUCCGACUGGGUGUCUACGUUGCUGAUAUCUCAACCAAACUCGAAGCACCGCAGUCAGAUGGGACUCUUAGCAGCUGGGCUCACGUUGUUACGGAGAUGACAGAGGCGAGUGUCCAGGAUGAGCUUAAACAGUUCAACACGGACACGCAUAGCCCAGAACUGACUAAGGUCUUCAUCAGUGCUGCAGACAAGACAUCUAUCAGUGUGAGUGGGCCGCCGUCACGCAUCAAGGCAGCCUUUCAGCAUUCUCCUGUCCUCCGUUACUCCAAAUCUCUCCCAUUGCCUGUUUAUGAUGGUCUCUGCCACGCGUCGCAUCUUUACACACAGAGCGAUAUAGAUUUCAUAAUAAAUAGCGCAGAGAGUGUUAUCCUGCCUGACCGAUCAGUACGGCUGGCCUUGCUCUCCUCUCAAACUGGCAAACCAUUUAUCGCAAAAACCGCCAGCGAGCUCUUCCUUGAAAUUGGAACUGAGCUACUUACUGGCACUAUCUACCUUGACAAUGUUACUGCAGGCAUUGUCCAGCAUCUUCAGCCACAGUCAAAAGAAACGAGCAGCUGGCAAAUUGACUCAUUCCGUACGUCACUUGUGCUUCGCGGCAUCCACUCCGCCGUGGAGGCUAACCUUUCUGGAGAACAGCGGCAACUCAUCCGUCGAGAUCUGGUGAGCUGGGUUAAUAGAGACUUCGGGCCCCGUCGACCUCGGUCGUAUGCUUCUUCGAAACUUGCUAUUGUGGGUAUGGCAUGUAGGCUACCUGGGGGUGCUGAUGAUCUCGAUCUCUUUUGGAAAUUGCUGGAGGAAGGACGAGAUACUCUCACUACAGUUCCUCCCGAUCGAUUUGACCUAAACACUCAUUAUGAUCCCACUGGGAAAACGGAAAAUGCAACCCAGACGCCAUAUGGCAACUUCAUCGAUCGCCCAGGAUUUUUUGACGCGGGUUUCUUCAAUAUGUCCCCGAGAGAGGCUGAGCAAACAGAUCCGAUGCAAAGACUUGCCCUUGUUACAGCCUAUGAAGCUUUGGAAAUGGCAGGCGUUGUUCCCGGACGCACCCCUUCCACACACCCUAGCCGCAUUGGCACAUUCUACGGCCAGGCUAGUGAUGACUGGAGGGAACUAAAUGCGUCACAGAACAUCAGCACGUAUGCAGUUCCCGGUGGCGAGCGUGCAUUUGGUAAUGGGCGAAUCAAUUACUUCUUUAAAUUCUCUGGUCCGUCAUUCAACCUUGAUACAGCCUGCUCAAGUGGGCUUGCCGCAGUGCAAGUUGCUUGCUCCGCAUUGUGGGCUGGUGAGGUCGAUACUGCUAUUGCUGGCGGCCUUAAUGUUAUAACGGAUCCUGAUAACUACUGUGGCCUGGGGAAUGCCCACUUUCUCUCUAAGACUGGACAGUGCAAGGUUUGGGACAAGGAUGCAGACGGGUACUGUCGUGCCGAUGGCAUCGGGUCUGUUGUCAUCAAACGACUUGAGGAUGCCGAGGCUGAUAAUGAUAAUAUUUUGGCUGUGGUCCUCGGCGCUUCCACUAAUCAUUCAGCAGAGGCUAUCUCGAUCACGCAUCCACACGCUGGUGCGCAGAAAGCCAACUAUCGACAAGUGUUGAACCAAGCUGGCGUUAACCCAAUUGAUGUUAGCUACAUUGAGCUCCAUGGUACAGGAACUCAGGCUGGGGACGCGGUCGAGUCUGAAUCUGUGUCAGAUAUAUUUGCACCUGUGACACCUCGUCGUCGACCUGACCAGCGACUAUAUUUAGGGGCCGUGAAAAGUAACAUUGGACACGGUGAAGCUGCAGCUGGUAUUGCGUCUCUCCUGAAGGCUUUGCUUGUGUAUCAGAAAAAUUUGAUUCCCAUGCACAUCGGCAUCAAGAGUGAGAUCAAUCCAACCAUACCUAAAGAUCUCGAGCGGCGGAAUGUGGGACUUGCCAUGCAAAACACACCAUGGCCGCGUCCAGCAGGCAAGAAGCGCCUCGCCGUGGUUAAUUCAUUUGGAGCCCACGGAGGAAAUACUACGUUGCUGCUGGAAGAUGCGCCGGAAAGAGUGAAGAUCCAAGGCACGGAAGAUCGUAUCACUCAUGCGAUACUCUUAUCUGCAAAGAGCAAGAAAUCUCUGCAAGCUAACAUGGAGAGCCUCUUAUCAUAUUUGGACCAACAUCCGGAAACGAGCUUGGCAGAUCUGGCUUACACUACUUCUUCUCGUCGAAUGCACCACAAUAUGCGGUUUGGUACUUCAGUUUCCUGCAUCUCGGGCCUUCAGAAGGCGCUGCGAUCUCAACUAGAUAACCCUAAUUUUGCUUCUGAAGUGCGCCCAGUUCCAAAUGAGGCUCCCUCGGUUAUCCUUGCCUUUACAGGACAGGGUGCCUACUAUCACGGGAUGGGCAGGGGGCUCUUUACCGAGUUUCCUUAUUUCCGUGCCCAGGUACAGCAGCUUGACCGACUGGCACAGCGGCUAGGUUUCCCAUCUGUCGUACCUGUAAUUGAAAAUAGCAUCGAAGAUACCCCAUCAUCACCGAUUUUAACGCAACUUAGCGUUGUGAUACUUGAAAUAGCCCUGGCGCGGUUCUGGUCCUUGCUAGGUGUGAGUAUCAGCGCUGUUAUCGGUCACAGUCUUGGUGAAUACGCUGCACUUGCUGUUUCCGGGGUUAUAUCGACUGCUGAUGCCAUCUACCUCGUCGGCCGACGUGCACAGCUGGUUGAGGAACGAUGUGCACAAGGUAGCCAUUCGAUGCUCUCAGUUCGAGCAUCAGAGGAUGCAAUUCAAGAAAUGCUUGCUGCUGAGCCUGAGACUGCCUUAAUCGCAUACGAGGUAUCUUGUUGCAAUACCAACCAGGAUACUGUUAUUGGGGGCUUUCAGGGGGAAAUCGAUGAUAUCCGCAGGGCUCUUGAAGCAAAGAGCAUAAAAUGCACAAUAUUAGAUGUCCCGUAUGCAUUCCAUACAGCACAGAUGAAUCCAAUUCUGGAAGAUUUGGAGACUUUGGCAAAGGCAAUCCCAUUCAAAGCUCCAAGUAUUCCUGUGAUAUCACCUUUACUGGCCACCGUCAUCUACGAUGUGAAGUCCCUCAACGCAAGUUACUUACGCCGUGCCACAAGGGAAACUGUUGAUUUUGCGGCAGCUAUUGAAGCGACCCAGGAUAUGGGCCUUGUAGACUCCAAGACCAUGUGGAUCGAUGUUGGGCCUCAUCCAAUUUGUGCCGGGCUUGUGCGGAGCAUGAUCCCUUCGGCGCCUGUCAUGUCUUCUUGUCGGCGGAAUGAAGACAGCAUAGCAACCAUAUCCAAGAGCCUUGUUACCCUCUACCUUGCCGGUCUAAAUCCUUGUUGGGCGGAAUUUUUUAAGCCGCGUGAGAGGGAAUACUCGUUGUUGCAUCUGCCAAAGUACCGAUGGAACGAAACCGAUUAUUGGAUUCCGUACAUUGGAACGUGGACGUUGGAUAAGGCUCAUCUGAAACAUGGAACUAAGCCAACAACCCCAUUUUCUGUUUCCAUGUCACGUCCAUCAGCGCUGCGAACCUCUUUAGUGCAUCAGAUCACAGCGGAAACAGUUCGGACUACCACUGCCACACUUCACACCAUAUCCGAUAUGCAGCAUCCCGACUUCCUUGAAGCCAUUCAUGGACAUACAAUGAACAAAUGUGGAGUUGCUACAUCCUCUAUUUGGUCAGAUAUGGCUUUCACUGUGGGCGAGUAUCUCUACCGUCGACUAGUACCCAAUACCAAGGAUGUCCAUAUGAAUCUCACUGAUGUAGAGGUCUUGCAUGCACAAGUCGCCAGCAAGACGAAGGGAAGCGUCCAGCCAUUGGUGUUACGAGCGCAUCUUGACCUGUCUACUAGCUCCAUGUCUCUUUCUUGGUUCAACGCCGAUGGGGAGACUGGUGAAUGCGCAGCCGAGUCUUUUGCAACAGCGACGAUUCUCUUCGAAGACCCAGGGGCCUGGAGGAAGGAAUGGGCGCGGUUAGCCCACCUUGUCCUAGGGCGCAUUGAAGUAUUAGAGCAACGAGCUACUGAAGGCAAAGCAAGCCGACUAUCCAAGCCCUUAGCCUACACUCUUUUCAAGAAUGUAGUCGAUUACGCCGAUCGAUACCGUGGUAUGGAUUCGGUCGUGUUGGACGAACUUGAAGCUAUGGCUGAAGUGACACUAGUCCCAGAGCGUUACGGCACCUGGCACACACCACCACAUUGGAUUGAUAGUGUUUCGCACCUAGCGGGCCUGGUUAUGAAUGGCAGCGAAGCAUCCAACACCCGGGACUAUUUCUUCGUGACACCGGGAUGCGACAGCUUCCGCCUGUUAGAGAAGCUAGAACCUGGUGCCCGGUAUCGCAGUUAUGUUCGCAUGUUCCCAUUACCAGAGGAUCCGAAUAUGCACGGCGGAGAUGUUUACAUCCUCCAGGGAGAAGAAAUUGUAGGCGUGGUAGGCAUGAUUCGCUUCCGGCGCGUUCCCCGAUUGUUGAUGGAUCGAUUCUUCUCGCCUCCAACUACAACCUCAGUUGCUGGACCUGUACCGCCACUUGCAGGAGCAACCACGAAAUGCCACGAUAUCGCGCAAACUGCCCCUGCGCUCCCAACCCCUACGCCACCUAUCGUUGUCUCCAACCCCAUUGUAAGCAGCACUCUGGCCUCCAAGGCUCUAGAGCCUGCACCGCUUUUGGCAACAUCUUCGGGAGACUCAACCCCCAAGGAGCCUCCCAUUGUGACACCGGCGGAGUCAGAGAGAGCAGGGCCCGUGGACAAUAACAUGAUAUCGCAGUGUCUACGGCUGAUGGCCCGUGAGACAGGACUAGAGGUAGAAGCGCUAACCGCAGACGCUAGCUUUGUGCAGCUGGGCGUCGACUCACUUAUGUCCCUGGUAUUAUCAGAGAAAUUCCGAGCUGAACUCGGUGUAGAGGUCAAGAGCUCACUCUUCCUUGAAUGCCCCACGAUUGGAGAAAUGACAGCUUGGAUAGAGGAAUAUUGUUGAUCGGAGUAGUUAGACUGUUAACAUAUACAGAGGUUAAUGAUAUAUUUGCCAUAUUAUCAAGAUUUGUCACAGCUAUCACCCCGUUUAGUCGAUCUCUAUAUAUCUAGAUAACUUUCAGGCUCUAAAAGACACACCCUUCCUCCCUUGAACGUUAGGGACCAGGCAGAGGGAUUAAUACCAUCAGCUUGAUUAUCAAACAAUAUAAUAAAUCAUUCGAUAACUAUUUUCAUUUAAUAGCUAUCUAUCAAGACUAGUUAGUGACAAAUUAUAUAUU